AUGGAUCGAAGCAAUCCAACCCUCCUAGAAUUCCUCCAAGAAGAAGAAUCUCCAUCCACCCUCCUCCCAACUCUAACAGCCCGUGCAAUAUCCCUCCUCUCCUCCCGUUCCUUCACCUCCCCAUUCUUCCCCCACAACUUCAUCCCACAAGUCCCCGUCAACAUCGACGGCCAAAAAUCCACGGGCCUUCAAUCUCUCCUGGACUCCUACCGAUUAACUGUACGGGACAAUCCAAAUCUGAAAGUUCAUGUCUUGGAUAGCGCAGUGGGCGUCAAGGGAGAUGUCGCAUGGGUGACUUGUAAUGUCAAGUCCGAGGGUUUUGCGGAUGGUGUGAGUAGGGCGGGGACGGUCAUGGCCAAGUGGAUCACUACGGAUGAUGGGUGGAGGUGUGGGAAGUGGGAGGUUAUUCUGGGGAUGGCGUUGGGGUUUUGGAGGGUUUGA